CCUGCCGCAGCAAUGCAACAAGAACUGCAGCAAUGGGUUCAUCAUCAGCUGCACCUUCCAAUUUGCUCUCAACCUCCUUCACCUGUGUCACUUCCAACUCAACUCAUUCCUUCCUCAGACCCUCAAAACUCUCCUGCAUAACCAAAACCACCCUUCCUCCCAAGAUCUCACACACCCAUCUUCCAAGAUUUCACAGAGGAAAGACCAGAGCUGCCCUUGAUGAAGACAACCACACUAUCACUACACCCAUUGCCGUUCAGGAACAACAGCCCAGUGAAGAAGUCGAAGAAAGUGUGAAAGUGUUGAAAAAUGCUGCCAAGACUAGAAGGGUACCGAAAGAGGAGGUUCUGUCUGCUCUUUCUGUGAUUGAGAAGGCAAACCUUGAUCCCUCUGGGUUUCUCGAUACCCUGGGUGGAUCAAAGUCCCCAGGGAGGACUUGGAUGCUUAUUUUCACUGCUCAGAAACAGUUAAAGGGUGGUAGCUACUUCCCGCUCACUGCUGUUCAGAGGUUUGAUGCUGCUGGAAAGAGAAUUGAGAAUGGGGUAUAUCUUGGGCCAAUUGGGUGCUUAACAUUUGAAGGCAGAUUUUCAUGGAAGAAGAGAAUAUUGGCAUUCAUUUUUGAGUGCAUUCGGAUCAAGGUUGGACCUUUUAACCCUUUAGAAAUCAGUCUUGGCCAAAAAGAUGACAGGGAGCCAGGCACGAAGGAUCCUUUCUUCAUCUGGUUUUACAUUGAUGAGGAAAUAGCAGUUGCUCGAGGCAGAAGUGGGGGGACUGCAUUUUGGUGCAGAUGCAGCCGUGUCAUGAGUUCUUGAUUUCCUUCAAAUUUCAGUCAAAGACUCAUACAUGGUAUUCUCCUUGACAAUAGAAAUUGUUCAUUUGUUUAGAUUUGAAGCUAUGUACACAAGGAAUUUGGUAUGUACUCUGUGUAAAUUGUGUAUUUAGCUAAAGUGAUAUUUGUUUCAAUGGAAAUGCAAAUCUUGGAAAGAAAUGAAGCUUUUGGCAUCA